GUUAUCUCAAAUCGCGCCCAAACAUUUUCAAAAAAUCGGAAUUUUGUAAAUUGAAAUUUGGAGUGUGCAUUUAAAUUGAAAUUGAUUCGUUCUUUGUGAAUAAUUAUAGAAAUUCUGUACGAAAUUUCAAAUAAGAGACAACUGCAACGAUAAACAUUAAAGAUGAACGUUACAUACAGAAGACCACGUAGAAAAAGCAUGCUUGGCACUCGUCUCAGUAUUCUACACGAUAAUAUAGAACUUGGUCGCGAAGAUAUACAACCACCGCAAGAAAACAUCGAAGUUAAACCUGUCCCUGACUUGAAACCGUAUAUUGAAACUCGUUCGAGAAAAGCUCAAGAAGAUAGCGAAUCAUUCACCCAAGUACUCAAAAAUAUAGAAAUUCUACUGGAGAAAAAUUCAGAAACUUUGAAAACCCUGUUACAAGAGCGCGAACAACUAGAGAAAAUCGAACAAAUGCUGAGAAAUAAGAUAAAUUCGAGUAAAGACGAAUCCGAAACGUGUAAAGAAAAUCAACCUCCUAAUGAAAAUACUCCGACAAAAUUCAAGCAGAAAUCUAAUCAAGGGAAUAAUCGCUCCAACGAGAACACUCCUACGAAGCUAUUCUCAACUCACGAAGGCAAUAAAAACAACGAUGGAUUUGUCGCACCCCAUAAUCCUGCUAUUGAUACGAUGCGAUCUUCUAUUAAAUUUUUGAAAACUCCGAGGCCUUCUCGGCAGACCAGAAAAUCUAUUAUGUUGACCCCUCAUUCGUUUUCAUUUUCUAUACAUAAACAAUUCGAGAGUCUGAAGGAGUGAUACACUUUAGUACUAUCCAUUUAUUACGUUGAAUGGCGGAAAGUAUUAUUUAUUGUAAAACAAAUUUGACUAUUUUAUAUUCUCCAUAUCAUGAUUUGAUGUAAAUCAGACAUUUCUGUAUGAAGUAACUUCGACUAUUGUGUGUACAUAUGUAUUUUGGGUUUGGGACUUCGUAAUCGUAUAGUAGUUUUAUUUCAUAGUACCUCUGUUUGUAACUUUUUUACUCGACAAGCUUGUCAUUUUAUAUAAAUUUGAUGGAAAAGAUUCGUUUUCAAAAUUGUAAUUCUCUAUCGUUAGUGUUGGUAGUAAAUUAGAUAUCGUUUUGUCGUGACUGAAAUUAUGUAUCAUUUAAAUAAUUUUUUUAGAAUAUUCGUAUCAUUUCAGAUUAUCUCUAUAAUACUUAUGUAAGAAGUAGAAAUUCGCAAUUAAAAUUGCUACCUUGGA